AUGGUGGAAGACGAACCGCAGAGACCAAAUCCGACAGAUUUCGAUAUAUUCUUACCCUGGGCUUGCCAGCAAUUGCAAUUACACACGAUGGUUCAAGUCGUCAGGGAGGAACAACAAGAGUACGUGAGCGCAACAACAUCUGAACGUACAAAAGUCAAAACGAAACCCAAAGCUAAAGAAGACACACAGACCGAUCUCGAUUCAGAAGUAGACCAACUCAACAGGAUGCCAGCUAUUACUUACGAAGACAUCUUAUACAUCAACGCUGUUUACAAUUACAAUAACAACUUGGUGCAAAUUAAAUUCGCCAACACAUGUACGAUACCGAGACUUGUCUUGAAAAUAAUAGGACUCAUAAUCAAAUACCACACCCACUUAACAUCCAUCAUUAUAAACAAAGGUAUCAACGAAUAUAGCAUGUAUGAACUUGGUAAGUUGCUUCCUCUCUCCAACAUAACAGAUAUAUGCUUGGAUGGGACUUAUUUGAAAAAUGCUAACUAUCAAUUAUUGUUUGAACAGCAAAGCUCUAUGCGUCAAUUAUCAUUAGCCAGAUGUAGCAUAGAUGAUGUUGUUUUAGAAGUUAUUGCUAAUGCAUUAAUACAUCCUUCUCCUGCAUCUAAAUUUUUAUCAAUAUUAAAUUUAUCAUCAAAUAUAAUCUCAGAUUCGGGAAUUAUAUCACUAGCUAAUGCAUUGAGAACAAAUAGGGCUCUAAAUUAUCUGAAUCUUUCUAAUAACAUGAUAAGUGAUCGAGGUAUGACAUGUAUACUGGACACAUUAGUAAGAUUUCCUCUGUCAUUAUCUGAGCUUGUCGCUUCUAGGUCUCGACAUAUAGAAUUUAUGAAAGAUAAAAGUGAACGAAUAAUGAAUUUAGCAACAGAAUUACGUUCAUAUGAUAUUGAUAAGCGAUCUAUAAAACAAAAAAGUAUGAAAACUCUUAAAAAGGGUAAAGUUUUAACAGAAAGAGAUACGUCUUUGAAAAACAUUAAUGAAAUAGAUAAUUCAAACCAAGAGGCAUUGUUUGAAAAGGCAACAGCCAUAGUUGAAGCUACCUUAGGCUCUUUCAAAGACCCUUUUAAUAAGAACAAUACUUUUGUAAAAGACAAUAUAACUUACUGUUUUGGAAAUAACAGCCUUUACUAUUUAAAUGUAUCUUACAAUAAUUGGAGCUAUUUGAGUUUGAAGAAGUUGUUGACCGUUCUGAUAUAUCAGAAAACGAUAAAUAGAAAACCUAGGGGCUUAAUUAACUUGUCUAUUGAAGGUAAUUUAAUUCCUGAACAUUGUAAAGAGUUGUCGUUAAUAGAUUCACUUUUAAAUGAAUGUCUGUCUUUGAUUCAACGUGAUGUAACCAUACCAAAGAAGAAAACAUUAACCAAAACGAAUAAAUAG